AUGGAAUUUUUUGAUAGAAAUAAGGUAAGGAAAUACAGAAAAUCAGACCUUCCGCGAUUCCGGUGGACGCCUGAGCUUCAUCGCCACUUUGUUGAAGCUGUUCAAUAUCUUGGUGGAAAAGACAUAGCAACUCCAAAACGAAUUUUGCAAAUGAUGCCUGUCAAAGGACUGAAGAUCUCCCACAUCAAGAGCCAUCUCCAGAUGUACAGAAGAAUGAAUGGAGCCACCUCUUUGAACAUAGUUAUAACUAUGGAGAACUACCAUAAAGAGAACACAACUUGGUUCCCACUACGACAAAUUUCCAAAGAAUUAAGAGAACGGCCACCUAACAAAAAGGUGCAAAUACUUGCCAAUCAAGACAAAGAUGAUUCAUUUCACCUUGAUUACGAGGAUACAAUUAAAGGAAGCUCAACUGGAGACAUGACAAAGGAAGAUGAUCAUUUAAUCUCUGAAUUUACUGCCUCAAGUAAUAAUAGUUUAGACCUCCCCAUUUCCCACUCUAGAAGCCACACUCAUAUUAACCUAGACUUGACUAUCUCAUCAAGUUCUUUUAGUUAA